UGGCCACUUGCCGCUGCUGGGGAUUGAGACUUCUUUUAUAUCUCCUCUAAAUAUUUCCUUUAUUUUUUUUUUUCCUCCCACCGUCCCUUCUUUGCCUUUAGGAUUAUAAUCCCGACCAUAUAUAUAUCUUCCCGCCAUGGACGAAAGCGGGGUGCCCCGGAGCAUCUGGGAUGGAGACGCCAAAGCCGUCCAGCAAUGCCUGACGGACAUUUUCACCAGCGUCUACACCACCUGCGACAUCCCGGAGAACGCCAUCUUUGGCCCCUGCGUGCUCAGCCAUACCUCGCUCUACGACAGCAUCGCUUUUGUGGCGCUCAAGUCCACCGACAAGAGGACCGUCCCCUAUAUAUUCCGGGUGGACACCUCGGCGGCCAACGGCUCCUCCGAAGGCCUGAUGUGGCUUCGCCUGGUCCAGUCGGCGCGGGACAAGGAGGAGCAGAACCUGGAAGCCUACAUCAAGAACGGACAGUUGUUCUACCGAUCCCUGCGGAGGAUUGCCAAAGACGAGGAGUUGUUGGUGUGGUACGGGAAGGACCUGACCGAGCUGUUGCUGCUCAGCCCCGCCAGGUCCCAGAGCAAGAUGAAGGCUUCCUCUCCGCACACCUGCCUGGAGUGUGGCCAGCGUUUCCAAUUCGAGUUCCCCUACGUGGCGCACCUGCGGUUCCGCUGCCCCAAGAGGCUGGCCGGGGCGGACAGCAGCCCAGCCGGGGACUCCAGCCCCAAGAACAGCAGCAGCCCCAAGGAGCACGAAGGCGCCAGCAAGUUCCACGCCAAACAGGGCAGCGGCGGCCAGCCGCAGAUCCAGCCCCCCACCCACCGCCGCCACUACCACUGCGCCCCGGACAGCAACGGCCCGAGCAACGGCGGCGUGACCAAGCCCUCCACGGACUUCCACACUCUGGCCCGGGAGCUGGAGAACUCGCGACCGAGCAGCGGGAGCGGCUCCCCCGGCAGGCGGGAGCAGCCGGCGGCCGGCCUGGACGGCCGCGCCAGCCCCGCAGGCAAGGCGAAGCGGAAAUACUCCGGCGGAGACACGCUGGCCGAGGAGCGAGGCCCGCCGGGCGGCAGGGGGCGCCUGGAGAGGCCGAUCCCUUCGUCGCCCAAGGAGGAGCUGGUCUGCACCCCGCAGCAGCACUACCGGCCGGCCGGGAGCUACUUCGGCUUGGACGACGCCAGCCGCCUCUACGGCCCGCCCAGCCCGGACACCGGCGAGGCCAAGCGAAGCGCCUUCGUGGAGGUGAAGAAAGCCUCCCGCGGCGGGGACGGCGGAGGAGGCGGCGGCGAGGAGGAGAAAGAGCGCGGCUCCCCAGCAGGCGCCGCCUCCGCCUCCUCCGCGGAGAAGCCGCCGCUGCCCUCGCUGCUGGGCGCGCGCUCCGGGGCCAGCGCCUUCUCCACCGUGCCCUCCUCCUCCUCCUCGCAGCCGCCGCCGCCUUCCGGCUCGGCGGGCAGCCCCGAGGAGCGCAAGAGCGCCUUCUCGCAGCCGGCGCGCUCUACCUUCUCGGCGCACGCGGCGCAGCUGGUGCUGGGCGGGAAGCUGAGCGCGCUGGCCGAAGGCGGCUGCCACGCGGGCGCCGAGGGAGCCGCGCGCCUUUACGCCUCGGAGCCGCUCAAACUGGCCGGCGCGCCCGGAGAGCUCGGCAACGGGGCGGGCGCGGGCGGCGAAGGAGGAGGAGGAGGCGGCGGCGGGGCCGGGUCAGGGGGCGGCGGAGGGGGCGGCGGCGGCCUGGCCAAGCAGAGCCCCUUCCUCUACGCCACCACCUUCUGGCCCAAGAGCUCGGCGGCGGCCGUGGCGGCGGCGGCGGCGGCGGCGCCUCUCCAGCUGCAGCUGCCCUCGGCGCUGACGCUGCUGCCGCCCUCCUUCACCUCGCUCUGCCUGCCGGCGCAGAACUGGUGCGCCAAGUGCAACGCCUCCUUCCGCAUGACCUCCGACCUCGUCUACCACAUGCGCUCCCACCACAAGAAGGAGUACGCGCUCGAGCCGCUGGUGAAGCGGCGGCGCGAGGAGAAGCUCAAGUGUCCCAUUUGCAACGAGUCCUUCCGCGAGCGCCACCACCUCUCGCGGCACAUGACCUCGCACAACUGAAGCCGGGCCCGGGCGCGGCUGCGCUUUUGCACCCGGGCUUUUCCACACGCCUACCCCCCCCCCCGCGCCGGCCCUCGGCUUCCUUCGGUCUUCUUCCAAGCAUUGCGGGCCUUGGCGACGUUAAGCGGCCGGGGGUGAGGCGGGGCGGUGCUUUUGCAAGGCGUCAAGGACGGUGCAUUUCCGGAGGAGGCGGACGGAGGAUUGAACUGUGUGGUGUAAAGGUGCCCAAAGAGAUGUUGCUUUUGCAAGGCAUCAAGGACGGUGCAUUUCCGGAGGAGGCGGACGGAGGAUUGAACUGUGUGGUGUAAAUGUGCCCAAAGAGUUGGAGGAGGGAAGGACAGUGUGUAGAGCAGGUGCAAAGAAAUGCACACCCUGGCAGGGCCUUGUGGGAGGGGUGCAUGCUCCCAGGCGUGUAAAAAAUACGAAGCAGUUUUAUAGUAAGGGAAGAAAAUGAUGCAAGGUCAGCAAAAAAGAAGGUGGUGGAUUUUAAUUCUGAGAUGGCCUGAAGUGUUAUGGUCCUUUCUGGAAUAGGAAACAAAACCUUGAAAUGUUAGCAGUUGCAAAAGUCUUUGAUUUUGGGAAUAUUCCUGUCAGUCUUUUCAAUCUGGGCUAAUGGAUGAUUAGGAGGAGAACAAAAAAAAUCCUGACCUGUCACUUUUUCUAAAUUGCAUUUUGGAGUACCCAUCACUAAAGAAUGAAUGGAUGGUCGCAGGCCAUACACCAAUAGCAAGAGGACCCAAUGAAAUCUUAGCUGUGCUUGUGCAACAAGUUUAUGCUGGCUUGUUUAUGAUUUAGUUCAGGGGUCUUCAAACUUGGCCCUUUUAUGACUUGUGGACUGCAACUCCUCAGCGUUGCUGGCUGAGGAAUUCUGGGAGUUGCAGUCCACAAGUCAUAAAAGGGCCAAGUUUGAAAACCCCUGAUUUACUUAAUAAAUUGCAAUUGGCGGAAGUUAGCACCUCACUAAAACACGGUAUGCAAGUUACUAGGGGUGGUUCAUAAAACACAGGAAUCUACAAACAAUGUUGGCUUCUUGUGCUACAGAAACAAUGCCUUGUCUGAGAUGAGAGUUCUGCUUUGCGCUAAGUUGAAAUGUGGCUGGUUAGUGGUUUAUUGUAUGUUUACAUGUUUAUGUAAACUCAGCCAUGGUAGUUUAUGACAUUGCAUGAAUUCACUCAUAUGGCUUCAAGAAACCAUGAUUACAAUGGAACAAAUCUAGUCUAUAGUUUCCUCUCUCUGUAAUAAGAUGGACAGAUUCUGGAACUGUACUAUGUGUCUGGGUCUCUCCUGCAGCUACAUUUAUUGGCCUUGUUGGCUAUUAAAAAAAUGCAUUGAGUGGGAAAUCUUUCAAAGUCCCUUUCAGAUGUCAUUCUGGCCUCCCUAAUCUCAUGGAAUAGUUACAAAAAUGGCAUUGUUCAUUAGAUGCACUGCUCCAGUGGAAUGGAAAUCAUGGGAAAUUACCAAACCAGACCUAUACAUAUUUGGGCCAGUGAUUUUUUUUGGUGUGCAUAUGCAUAUAAAACUAUGGAAAUCUAAAAGCAUAUUUCUCUUGAUGCAAAGAAGGGGUACUAUUCUCCUUAAUUCAAUUGAACCAAUGGUAAAUAAGGAAAGGGAGUUAAUAGAUAGAAAUAGAUUAUGAACCAGGCUUUGAAGGUUUUCCCCUAUAAGUGAAAAAAACAAGGUUAGUAGAGUUAGAUCUAAAACCCACUUACUUGUGAGUAAUCCAUAAGUAACUGUUUUCAACAACUGGCAGUUCUUGCUGAAACACAGCACAACACGAAGCAGCUUUUUGUAGCUAUAAAUACUUCUGCAGUCUGCAUUUAUGCUUUCACAGGAACCCCACUAGGUUUUGAAAUGAAAUCUUGUACUGUACAUCUUUGAGGACAAUUGCAUUGGGCUAAAUUGGGCUUUCUUCAAAGUAAACAAAUGUAGCCUCAGGCUUCACGUCCAUUUCCAAUUGCAGCCAUUCUUUUUGAAAGCUUUUAAAUGUAUUUUGGGCAUUGUGGAUGGCCACAAAAGCAGAGCACCCAAAACCACUGUUGAAAUUUUUAUGCCUGUGUAUAUGUUUACUUUGAUGAUGAUGAUGAUGAUGAUGAUGAUGAUGAUGAUGACAAUAAUAAUAAUAAUAAUAAUAAUAGAGAGAGGCGAUGGGUGGGUGGUCCACUCCCUUUUGUUUCAAAUGCACGCAUUUUCACUUUCCAAAAAAGUAAAUAACUUUUAAAAGUACAUUUUUAAAAUGUCAUAUAUUGCAACAUAUUGAUGCAUUUGUCAUACGUUUCUACUUAAAUUAUUAAGCACUUGUGGUUUAGCUGUAAUAAUUAUAUGUAAGGGUAAAAAUUUAUUUUAGAUAUAAAGGAAAAUUUAAAAAAAAAUGAGAAUGGAUGCAAAGCUUUUCUGCAUUACUGGAUAAGUUUCUUUUUCCUGUUCCUCUGCAAAAAAAAAUAAUAAUAGUAAUAAAAUCCAGAAAGACUUGAAUUCAUUUUAUGUUUCCGAUGGGGAAAUGCAUGUUUCACAAUGGAAAAAGAUUUAAGGACUUUGGUGCAAAAUGUCUUAAGUUCUGUAAAUAGGGAUCUUCUUUGAAUACAGUACAAAGUGUAAUUUUGUGCCAGUGAAAUGAAGUCUGAAUAGCUACGUGUUUCUUUUCCUUCCUCGCCCUUCCCUACCUUCUUUUUUUUUCUUGAAAAAAAAAACUUUAUAGUUUAUCUGGGUAUGUUGGAUGCUUUGACAAUAAAUGAAUUUAUUUUCUUGCAAAGCACUCGCGUGUGGCCCAGGAUUUUAUUUAGAAAAGGUGGGGAGGCGGGAAAUGAUUUAUCUCUAUGGAGAUUCUCAGUCUUCUAGAUCCUGAUUG